AACAGGGCAAGCCCAUGGAAGUCCGCUUGUCCAACAUGGUAGCGGCAAAGGCUAUCAGCGACGCUGUCCGGACGUCUCUGGGUCCUAGGGGUAUGGACAAGAUGAUCCAAACACCCAAAGGAGAAGUCAUCAUCACUAACGAUGGUGCGACAAUCCUGAAGAGCAUUCAAGCCCUGCAUCCCGCCGCAAAGAUGUUGGUCGACCUUUCUGCCGCUCAAGAUAUUGAAGCUGGUGACGGUACCACAUCUGUCGUCGUCUUGGCUGGAAGCCUUCUUGGCGCCGCGGAGAAGAUGUUGCAAAAGGGCAUGCACCCUACCAUCAUCGCCGAGUCUUUCCUCAAAGCGUCUGCGAAGGCAGUAGAGUAUCUCGAGGAGCUUGCAACGCCAAUAGACUUGAAGGAUAAGUCUGCUCUGCUCCGUGCGGCGACAACGUCCCUUAACUCUAAGAUCGUCUCCCAAUAUUCCUCUACCCUUGCUCCAAUCGCCGUCACAGCGGUUACACGUCUCAUUACACCAACGUCUUCGAAUGUAGAUCUUCGUGAUAUCCGCAUUGUUAAGAAAGUCGGUGGCACGAUCGAGGACACUGAGCUUGUUGACGGCGUUGUCCUCAACCAAAAUGUUGUUGUCGCUGCCGGCGGACCGACGCGCAUGGAAAAGGCGAAGAUUGGCAUUAUACAAUUCCAGCUCAGCGCUCCAAAACCUGAUAUGGACAACACUGUCAUUAUUAAUGACUACCGCCAGAUGGACAAGGUCAUCAAGGAGGGACGCCAAUACCUCUUGAACAUUUGCAAAAAGAUCAAGAAGGCAAAUUGUAACACCCUCUUGAUCCAGAAGUCCAUCCUCCGUGACGCUGUCGACGAUACUUCAUUGACAUUCUUGAAGCGCUUGAAUAUUCUUGUUGUGAAGGAUGUCGAGCGCGAUGAGAUCGAGUUCUUGUCGAAGAGCUUGGGAUGCAAGCCGAUCGCUGACAUUGAUGCAUUUACCGAGGACAAGCUCGGUUAUGCUGACCUUGUGGAGGAGACCAGCAACAACGACGUCAAAGUCGUCCGCAUCACUGGCGUCAAGAACUCAGGCCGCACGAUCAGCAUCCUUGCCACCGGUGCAAACAGCCUGGUCUUGGAAGAAUCUGAGCGUUCGCUGCACGAUGCGCUUUGCGUUGUUCGUUGCCUUGUCAAGAAGCGGGCACUCAUUGCCGGUGGUGGCGCGCCAGAGACCCAUGUCUCUCGCCUCUUGUCUCAAUACGCUCAUACACUCAAGGGUAUGGAGGCAUACUGCUUCCAGGCCUAUGCGGACGCGCUGGAGGUUAUUCCCACAACGCUUGCCGAAAAUGCUGGUCUGAACCCGAUCGCCAUUGUCACCGAGCUACGCAACAGGCAUGCAAUGGGCGAGCGCAACGCGGGUAUCAACAUGCGCAAGGGUCUGAUCUCAAAUAUAAUUGAGGAGGAUGUCGUGCAACCGCUCCUAGUCUCGACGAGCGCAAUCGAGCUAUCGACCGAGACUGUCUGUCUGUUGUUAAAGAUCGACGACUACGUGCAAUCAAGAUAGAUAACUUCAGCAGCAGCAGGUAUACUGUACACAUAGUGCAAUCUAGUCAUUAUAUUCAAGCUUUCCAAAUCCAUGUAUGCUCUCAGGCAUCGGUGAGGAGGGUCCGGAUGGAGGCCCUGAGAUCUCCAUUCUCGCAGCGUAAGUGCCAGAGACAGCUUUCCUCUUCGCCCUCGCGGAGGCGAACAGCUGCCAAGUUCUCGUUCUCCGCGCUUGUGAGGCCUUCAGGCAGAAUGAGAAUCUUUAGAUCGCCUAAGCAACGAUAAGUGCU